AUGGAGAUAGAUGCGGAAAACGUUGUUACCAUUGUCACAUCGCCGGGUAACGUGACCGAACAUAAUCGAUUUUCCACCGCGUCGAAGCGGCCUCGUGACUCUACAGAGGACUCGUCUACCUUUAGGCUUCGCCUAAAGGAGUUUGGGCAACGUGCGGCAGCGCUCAGGGAUGAGGUUGCAGCUGGUGCAGACAAACCAAGCGAAGCCCUGCAAGGGAAGAUGUGGAACCUUGUUCUUGACUUGAGGCCCUAUGUUGUUGGGUUUGCUUCACCAAAUGUAGCACAGCUCCCCGGGGAGGUGCGCGAAUUGAUGCUGGGGAACCCGCAGCGUGUGGCAAGGUAUUCGGUGCUCACUCUUCGCAUGUAUGCCACAGUAACCCGCAUAGUCGUAGCUGCCCCGGCUAUCCUCAUUCACUGCAUUUUGACACUCUUUUCACUGUUUCCCAUCUUGGGUAUACCUUCAAAGACAUGCGCCAUAGGCGAUAUUUUGUUUAAGGUACUUCACCACGCUUUUGACGUUUUGUACAAUUGUUAUCAGCCGCUUCUACUGCAGCUGUUUAAAGUCAUCGUCCAGGAGGAGGUCAUCGGAGCGUUCGUAUUCACAACUGUUCCUGGCCGACGAAGCGGGUAUGGACGGUGUACGAUACAGGUUCUUAGGCUGCCUGAAGUUUUGGGAUUUAGGGGAGACACGAGACAGCUCUUCAGGACUACAAUUGUCGCGGAAAGCCUCUACGAAGUGGUUAGUGUUGCUCAAUGUUUUUGCACGGUAAUAAAUAUGUUGCUAACAGGAAACUUUCCUCUUUUGCCGACGUGGAGGGAACGCAAAAGUAUCCUUCGUUUGGCCUGCAGUCUUCUUUCCGUCAAUGUGGCUGCUGGCUUGUCCACUUCAAUGUAUGAAUCGUGGAAGGAGACGGUCGGUAAUGGAGAACGCCGCAACGGUGAAGAGGGAGUAAACCUGGCCUUCGCGCUUCACACCACCGCUGCAUCACUACUUCACGCGAUGUUGAUGAGUGACUUACUCGUGAAGGAACUUCAUGCGCCGAUGAUCCUUUACACACUUGUGCAACAUGUGUACGAGAUGUCACGUGCGCACGUGAAGAAGGGGUGGAGUAAAGAACUAGCUCUACUCCGUUGGUUAGUUGAUCAGAAGAGGGAGAGGCAGUGCGAAGUUCGACAAGAAUUGUUUCCUCCCCACGUAGGGAAGAGUUUUACUCAGCAAAACACUGGACAAACAAGGAAAGUUGGUCAGAGGGAGUCCCCCUUUUGUCAAAGUGAGUGGUUGACAAAUUCAUUAUUCAAUACAAACAUGUGCGAUGACACAGUUUCUGCGAUUACUUGCUGUUCAACUGGACAGGUGGACGCGGAAAAGCGCGAGGCAGCUUUGUUGCUGUUGGCGUUGCUCAAAAGGGCUCUCUCAUGCAAACAAGAUUUGUUGCCGCGUUUUGAGGAAACCUUCUACAGGAUUGGGGAAAAUGUGUUGGAUGCGUUGGUCACCAGGCGGGUGACGCCCGAAUCCAUCUAUUUCCACGAUAUGUCAGUGGAGGCAAGUGUGGUACACCAACUUUUGUGUUUCUUCCCACGUGAUGCUGUAUCGUCAUUGCUGCGUAAAAUAUUACAACGCCGUCGCGCGGUUAUGGGGAACAACGAUUACCUCUUAGCUAAAGCAAAUGCUUCUGCAAUACUGUGCGAAGAGGCAGCAACUUUCCGUUGUGUGUGGAAACAGCUGGUAACAGAGUAUGACAGUAGUAUAUUGGACGCUGCUAUAAUAAUUCUCCGUUUCGGGUGUGAAAAAGAAACAAUGCAGUCGGUAGUGUUGGAUUCGCUGCGGGAUCUCACCUCCGGGAAAGUUACAGUUCGUAUCGGUGAUUCACCGCUUCGGUAUUCACUACUGUACGCUGAACUUGUGCGUAGACUUCCCAUAACGGACUUUAGCUACACCAACAAUAUCGCUCGCCUCAUCGUAGAGGUGAUCAAUGUGCGUGCUGGUGAGCAAGACGUUGCGAUGUGGCGAAUCAGUGGCGUACUUCGUGGGUGGCGAGAACAUGUGACUCGCAACUACCAGCAGAGCGGAAACGACGUUACUCCUUCCCCGUUAGAUGGGCCACUUGAUACCGCCAGAGUCAGUGCUACUGUCAUUGCAUCACAAAAGUUGCUUGAUGCACUGGGUUGGUCUACGUCUUUUGCGGUAAGUUUGGCCAAGUCUGGUGCCACGUACGGUAAUGACGCGUUGCUGCAUUUUCUCAAUCAGUUGUUAGGUAUCACGACCGAACUUUUUGCUAUUUUUGAGAGGAUGCGGGCAACUCAGGCGGAUUAUUGUGAGGUUGAGCCUUCAUCGGAUGAAACAGCAACGACGGGCGUGGAAGUGGUUUCCUCGUCUUCUACCAAUGACGAUGUCGUUGAAGUAAAACCGUAUGAUGGAGAAAAACCAAAAGCACAGUGCAGUGAGUUGCUUAAUGAGCACGAGGUAAAUCCAUUCGUGUUAAAGCAGCCGGUUGCCGCAGUAAUGGAACUUACAGGCAGAACAGAUACGGUAGUGUACGAUCUAGCUUGCGCGGUUCAGCAACUCGUACCCGAUAAAUGCGCAACAAAUAACGGAGCCGUUCAGGAUGCAUUCAUAUCUUUGAUGUGUUUAUGUAACGUUCUUUUGAGUGCACGUAAGUCUUCCUCGACAGACUUUGUGCUGGCACAUGCAUUCGGCCACAGGAACGAGGUAAUACGUCUUGGCUACGCGGCGUUAUCUUUACGUGUUCUUCUUGAGCGCAGCGGCAAUGUUGAUGUGGCCGCUGUUUUAAAGGAUACCAUCUCUAAACAUUCAAAUGCAGAUGAGCGUACUGGGCCUUCACUACUGUUAAGGCAACUGGAAACGCUUCGGGCGGCUUUCACGGAGGAGUGGGAAGGUUUUGUUCAGCAGGGGCCGCGCAGCGGCACGCUACGUGAUUUCUCACCGUCCUCCCUUUCCUUAACCACCAUUUCAUCACUUCGAGAUCACUGCAAUACUAAAGUGUGCCGUGAUGUUAUCAACGUGUGCAGAGCCAUUUGUGAACUUGAUGGGGACAUGUAUGCUACAAAGGCGACGGCUCUCGAAGUGGCUCAUGGCGUGAUGUCUCGCUUUUCGUGGUCUAUGGACUAUCUGUUUUCAUGUGAUCCCGAUAUCAUUCACACCGUUUUCUUCAGGGCUAUGUGUUACCUUCUGGGUAAAAACGUCCGGGAAGUUGUCAUGCGGGGCCUUGACGACAUUCUUCCGCGUUCUUUACUUGCCGACGAUGGUGCAGAGCAGUUGCUGCGCAUCAAUGAACUAUUGGGAGAGCCACUUUCGCUCAUGUCUAAGUUCCCCAUGAUAAUGGCAUAUAUUUUACUUUGUGAUGCGGCGAAUGGUGCUUCGGAGAGACUGGACAACGUCAAGAAGGUCCUCCAGUUUUUGUCAAAGCGGUUAAGUGAUCUACCCGACAUGGUUAACCGCUCACUAGGGUCUAUAAUAGCAAGUCUGAUGUACCUUCAUGGCGGCCGGGAAGUUUUGUCAAGGGAUAGGGGCAGCCUCACCGAACAAAAACGAGUAGCGGUAGGAAACAAUAUUGAAGCAGAGAAGCGUGAAGAUGAUGUUGGGGGGCUGUCAGAGUUUGACCUUGCUGUCGAAAUGGCUCUGUGUAUUGGAGAAUGUGGACCCUCUGUUACUGACAUAAAGCUGGUGUUGGAAAUGCAAGUUACCAAUGACACAGUGGACGGAGGGUCACUAACCAAGCAUGUAUUCUCCGUACUUGACACAGUAUCACAGUGCGUUGGCAUAAACAACCGCGUAACCGCAGAAACUGUCGAUGUGUCGGUCCACACAGUGCAACGUUGGCUGUAUGGCCUGAUCUCCCUUAUCCGGUGCCUUGGCAGUCACACAACAGUGAUAGCGUCGAAGCUGCCGGCGAUACUAGACUUCUGCAGCUUCCGACCCCAGUUGGUGCGUGUUGUCUGUUCCGUGUGGCGUGAGUUGCUCAGUCGAUGCACACCUAGGUACCUUAGUGAACACUCACCCUCUAUUGUCGUUGACUUACUAAGUAUGGAGGCGUUAACGGAGCCAGGCGAUAUUGAGGCCCUUCUUCAUUUGGAUGAGGCGAUGCGAGUGGUGUAUGAGCGUUCAAAGUCUGAACCCUUUUGGGAGUUGUACUUUAAAAUUAUGAGCCGCUCAAAUAUUCUUAUUCGUCGGCUAAGAAGCAAUGGAUCAUCCGCCAAAUGCCAAACGUACGAAUCGGGAAACGCUCCCUUAAGUGCAAAAGGAAGUGUAGACGUUAUUGUAACUGGUUUGUUUUCAGUCGUACAGAGUAGUUCAACAAAGUGCAAAAAGGUAUUUGUCCGUGCCCUUUACCAGUAUCUUUCAACGACAGACGUUGCGGGUCGGAUGGAACUCACUUGUGCGGCAAGACAGCAUCCUCAACUUAUACCAACCUUGUUGAACUGCGUCUUCGAGCUGCACGAUGAGUAUGUUCAGUACGUCCUCGCUUGCGUGGGCAUGAUUGGUGCGGUUGGACACUCAAACGGAUCGAUGCUACGUCACGGCUGUCAGCACACAGGCUCGAACAAUUUGUCGCCGGUGUCUCUUCACUUAAGUGGUCGCGUGUCAUCCUCCACACGAAAGUUAUUACUAUCGCAUCCGACUGAAGUUCUUCAUUGGAGGGAAUUCGCCGUGGAGUUGCUGAGCGUUCAUUGCCCGCGCGCUCUUGCUAACACUGCCGACCCAACAAUGCACGAUCGUGCCGCGUUUGCGGUGCAAGAGUUGCUGCGCGUAUUCGCUAACGCUGAGCGAGAGUCCAAAUGUUACCCUACGUUGCAGAAUGAUGAGGCACUGCAUAUAGAGGAGUUGCAACGCUAUUCAUGGUGGAUGGAACUGGAGCCCUCCUGUCGGCAGAUGAUUGAAGGAUAUACCACGACUAAGUACACUGCUUGUGUACUGCAGCGAACGGAACUCCGAAGCCCCGUAUAUGUGUCUGGCAUGGAGAUUAACACGUGGCUCAACGUGUGGUUUUGCGAUCUAGUGCUGCGAUGUAGGGGAGUUUUCGGACAAAUGAUGAAGGCACUACGAAACAUGGCAAAGGGUGAACAGACCCUUAUAAGUUACUUGUUACCUCACAUGAUUAUUCACAUAAUUAGCAAAGGGGAUGAAGAAGAUACAGACGCCAUAGUUACCGAGGUAAAUUUGUUGCUUGAAGCGGCGUCAAGAACUGGUGUGCAGGAAAGUUGCAAGGCAGCGUCGCUGCACUCGCAGAAUCUCAUGAUGGAAGUGAAUACACACAUGGCUAACGUAACCUCUUUAGAAGAGCACGUUCAACAAAUAUUCAACGUAUUAGAGGGUGUUGAGCACCUGUUGUUUGAACUGCGUCGCACUCCACGGAAGAGCAGGACAGGACAUGAGGGAGGAAUCGAUAAUGAAAAGGCCGACUUGGUUGUCAAAGUGAUUCGGGAUUUUUUCGAACGCGUCCCGUGGACAUCGAAAGUGGAAGCAGCAAUAGGUAUUGGUAGCAGCAUGCGUGCGUUACGCUGCUUGGAGGGUCAACGAUAUCUCCCAAAGGUACAGGACGUGGUUGGGAAGGGUAUUUCGUUGCAACGCAUAUUUGCGGCUCUCAACGACAGGGACUCCUCCAGAAGCCUCCACAGGAUGCAAGAUCACAAUCCCGAAGACGCUGCUUUUUCCCACGAGAACAAUGGAGAGUGGGUACAGGCCCUUCAGGCAUGUGAAUUGGUCCUUCAGCAACGACCACAGAGCAUAAACCACCAGUUCACAGCCUUGCGAUGCAUGCAGCAGCUGGGACAGCUGCACCUCAUGUCCAGGUACAGUCAGGCACUCCUGAAGGAUUCGCCGCGUCCGAGCACUCUCCAAAGCGCCACGUGGUGUCGCCAGACACAGUUGGCUGCUCUGCAAAACUACGCUAAUGAAGCCGCAUGGCGCUUAGGGGAGUGGGACAGCGUCCAGGCCCGCCAAGACCUCCCUGUGAGUUUGGCUUUGCCAAUGGUGGCGCUGAACAAAAUGCUCAAGAGGCGAGGGACGCUACACGAUGUUUUCGCAGCUUGCCUAUUUCAGCGGAUGAAAAUCGCCCCCAUAAUACGUGCGGCGUGCCGCGAGAGCUAUGCACAAGUGUAUCCGCAUGUAGUUUUCCUUCACGCCUUGACUGACAUCGAAUCUGCCGCCGUGGCCGUCGCUACCAGCAUGGCACAAGUUUCACCUGAUCCAAGUGAUCCCGUGGUAUCAUUUCGGGCAACAGGUUUGCGGGAUACAAAGAAGAUGCAGGAACUGGGGCCAACGUUGCAGCGUCGGGCAUCCUUAACUGAGACGACCUUGGACACACAAGAGCUUCUACUAUCGCUGCACCGUUCCAUCUUCCGCGCGUUCAGCAUGGAAGAAGAAGUGAGCAAAACGUGGAUGAGUCAUGUGAAACUACUUCGCAACGAGGGAUUUCUUGAACCCGCCCUUAGUGCUGUGAAGCAAGCAAGUUUAAACAACAAAUUCACUUCUCCAUCGUACUGGACAACGCCAGCGAAGCUUCUCUAUGAAAUGAAUAUGUCGAAACAAGCCAUUGAGUUUGCGGAGGAUGCAGCCAGUGACGAAAGUAUCCCACCAGAAAUUCGUGCCAAGCUGCGCGUUCUUCUAACUCGGUGGAAACAAGACAUAAGUUAUCAAACACCUCAGGAGGUUGUCGACUCCUAUGAGCUCGCCCUGGUCAUGCAUCCAUCGGAAAAGGCGCAUCAUCACCUUGCACUAUUCUAUGAAACGGUUUACCACUCCGUGCACAGUUCUCUUCUUCAAUCAAGCAGCGACGCCGCCAAAAGCACGAGGGAAACUUUUGAGAGGAAGGAAGUAGAAGCAGUGGAAACUUACGUACUACUAGCUAUCAAGCAUUUCGGAAUGGCCCUGCAGUUGGGAUGCAAAACCGUGUUAAUUUCGCUGCCCCGUAUGCUCAACUUGUGGCUGAAUUGCUCUUCCUCCCUUGCAAGUAGUGCUGCCGAAGCCUAUCCUGAUUCGAAUAUUGUAGCGCCCUCCUUGCAGAAAAUGGCCGAUAUGAUUGAGCGCUUUCUUCUUGUGGAAGAGACCAAACUCUCUCCACAACUCCUUAUUACGGCGCUUCCCCAGCUACUCUCCCGCAUUGGGCAUGAAAGCAAACAUGUAGUGAACAUUAUAACAAAAACCGUCGUUAACUUGAUGAAAACAUUCCCGCAACAGUGUCUGUGGCAGGUUUUACCUAUUGACCGUAGUAAACAAGCAAGCCGUGGCGAGGUGGCGCGGCGCGGUAUUUUAGAACCCUAUUCAAGAUUAUCCGCCAAUGAAAAGAAACUUGUGGACAACAUGAUUAUUGUCUUCAAGUCGCUGAUUGAUUUGUGCAAUUGUUCCGUGGGGGAACUCACCAAUGGUAACCGUUCAAGUGAGCCAUCACUAGCAGGGAGACCAUUUAUUCAGCGAAUGGAAAAGAUAUUUACCACAACGAAGGUAUUGCUACCUACUACAGCAAAUCUCUCACCAAACGUGCUUCACAUACCAAGUAAGAGCGGCGUCUUUGCGGGUUCUGCAACCUUCCAAGAAUUCAUACCAAAGGUUAACAUCAUGAGUUCUCUGCAAAAACCGAAGCGCAUUACGGUCGUCAGUAGCGAGGGGGAACCUGUAUCCUUUCUGUGUAAAUCGAGGGACGAACCGCGGAAAGAUAUGCGAAUGAUGGAGAUUGCAACACUGAUGAAUACAUUUUUUCUCUCAGACCCGGAGGCGAGGCGCAAGCGUUUUGCAUUACGCCGAUACGCUGUUUCAGCUCUCAACGACGACUGUGCCAUAAUUGAGUGGGUGAACAAUCUCGUCCCUUUUCGUAAAGGAGUGGAGGAGUGCUAUGCGAUCGAUGGUACGGGCGUUUGUAUCUCCAACGUCAGGGCAUGGAAAGCAAAGGUUGACAGUGGGAUUAUGAAGAAGUUGGACAUGUUUGAAAGGUUUAUUUUCCCCAGGGCCCCACCGGUGUUUCAUAUUUGGUUCUACAGUAACUUUCGCAGUCACCAAGACUGGUAUCACGCACGUACAAUUUACACACAAGCAACUGCGCUGUGGAGCAUUGCGGGACACAUCGUUGGGUUGGGGGAUAGACACGGUGAAAACCUUAUGAUUGACGUUCGCACUGGGGAAUUAAUGCAUGUUGAUUUUGCGUGUAUGUUCGACAAGGGAGAAACGCUGGAGGUUCCGGAACGAGUGCGGUUUCGUCUCACACAAAACGUUGUUGAUGGAAUGGGGGUUUUGGGUGUCGAUGGUCCCUUCCGUGCCUGUUGUCAGGCUGCGUUGCGCUGUCAAAUGAAGAACAAAACUGCAGUUAUGAGUGUUGUGGAAACUUUACUUCAUGAUCCAUUAGUGGAAUGGAUGCGCGAACAGUCGAAGCGGCAGAGGUCUUUUGAUCCAAAGCAAUUGAUUGGUCGCGUCUCACGGCGCCUCGAUGGAUUUUUGGACCUCUACAAUCCCUCCAAAGAAAAAGAUACACUCGCAUUGGGUUGUGAAGGUCAGGUCUCCCGGUUGAUCAGUCACUCAUCCGCCAUCGAAAACAUAUCUGAAAUGUACAUUUGGUGGAUGGCGUGGUUGUGA